UGAUAGACCAAAGGAGGAACAUUUUAGAGGCAGAGACUAUUCUAAUUGAAGGCUUCUGCAGGUCAGAGUUUCCUUACCCCACUUUGAAAUUCAGUAAACUCUCCUGCCCUAAUUCAGCUUCUCUGCACAGCUGUAAUUAAAGCUAAACUCUAUCCAUCAGGGACUUUAAACCAAGUGACCAACAAAACAGUUUCCAAUUGCGUUCACAUUGUAACUGCAAGUGGCCAUUUGCUCCUACUGGUCCCUGAAUUGUGCUGGGGCCCUUGCACUUUGUGGCUAGUUACCUUUACAAAAUUGUGUCCACACAUUAACACAGAAAACCCAUCCCCGGAGUAUUUGUAAACGCCAUGUGGGAACAACUCCAGUCCAACCUCAGUAUAUCAUUAGCCUACACUCAGGCUGGGUCAUCUUGCAGUUUUCACGGGAGUGAAAACAAAGCUGGAAUUUGCCUCUUGGCUCCCCGCCCCCACAUUUUAGAUGGGAGCUUAUUGAAACUUUUGUUGCCCAGCUCACAUGGCUGAGAAAACUCCUGCCUGGUAGCUGUUGGCUGCUGGGGGCUACCGUUGCCCACUCGUGCAUCCAGUAGGGGAGGGUGUAUGUUUGUUUUACUAAACUGUCAGUGCAGUAGAAUCUGAUGAAUACACUCCGAAAAUCUGGUUUGGGAGGAUUUAUUUUGGGAGAGCAGGAUUUAAGAGUACCCCUGUGCAAAUGGUUAACACACUCGGCUGCUAACUGAAAGGUUCGAGGUUCCAGUCCACCCAGAGGUGCCUUGGAAGGAAGGCUUGGUGAUCCACUUCUGAGAAAUCAGCUGUUAGAAACCCUGUGAAUCACAGUUCUACUGUAAUACGUAUGGGAUCGCCAGGGGUUGGAAUCAACUCAAAGGCAGCUUUUUUUUUUUGCACCCUCAUGAGUGUGGCUUACAGUCAGAGCCUCUGAGGUAGAGUGUUUCUGCACGAGAUCGUUUGAGUCAUUUUCAGGAGGUCUCUCUGGGCUGUGAACCAUAUUGGGAGUUAUUUCUUUGUCUAGCUCAGGUCCCUCCGUUUCCCAUGGUCUUUUCCUGAGUUUCUGAUUAAGACUCAUUAUUUGGUUAACUAUUCUAAGACAGGUCAGCUGCUGAGACAUUACUAACUGGAUGAGAAGGGAUAUACUCUGGGUUCACGGCAAAGGCAGCGGAGGCCCCCGUGGGAGUGUUCCUUGGUGGCAAUCUUCUGGAUUCCAGUGCUGCUGGGAAGAGGGGGGAGGUUCAGCAGGUACUUCUGGGUGUGGGGAGAAUCGAGUUUCUCAUGUGUGAAGUGUCCUUGAGGUUGAGGUGGGUAGGAGGAGGAGCCCUUCAAAAAGAUGACAACCAGGACAGCUUGCAUCAUCAUGAGGGGAAGAAACAGCAGUCUUGCUGCCUUUCUUCUGAGCUGUGGGAAGCUGUGUUAGUGUGGUGUGCAUCCCUGGCAUCUGAGAAUGAUGGCAUUUGGCAUGCAGCCUUGGAGGGGGCUGGUGUCUUGCCAGGAGGAUCCCAGAGCCUCUGCGUCAGAAGCACCUGGCUGUGGUAAUCAUGGAGAUCCUCCAGCCCUAUCUGAGCGUUUCCGGGGUGAGCGGAAAUCUGGAUCCACUACCACCAGUUGCCGUCAACCUGAUUCCAGUUCAUAGCGCCCCGUGUGUGUCAUAGUAGGCCUGUGCCCCAUAGGGUUUUCAGAAGCAGAUGACCAGGCCUUUCUUCUGAGGCACCCCUCGGAACUGGAACCUCUAAUCUUUUGGUUAGCAGUCAUGCACGUUAACUGUUUGUACCACCCAGGACCCCUGGGAAUCUGGAUGGCGUACCCCGACUAUCGGUGUCUUUCCUGCAGUAAAGUUGGAGAUCGCUGGCACAUACAUAGGAUGUGGGGGCCUCUCAUUGAGGACUCAGGUGUGGAGUACUUCCUGUGGCGGGUCAUUGGUACUUCCCACGAUGUUAGAGCCCUGAGCUGGCUCCGUAGGUCCUGGGCGUCGAGGUAUUUGGGACAUGCCAAACCUCAUGACUGCAUAGGGGCUGGGUCGACAUAGCACCUGUUUCUGUAUGGGCUGGGCCACGUGUUACUGGAGGGACAUGUAUGUGAGCCUGAUUAAUCACCCUUGGGACAAGGAAGCAGUCGCUGCUUGGAUCACAGAUAGGAGAGCAUCCCCCAGUGGUUACUCCGGGCUGUGUGUGCCCCAAGUGUACAGACUGAGGUGGGCAAGGGCCUCUGACCUGCAGCAGUUGCUCCUUUCCUCACUGAGGUGUCUGUCCCAGAGUCGAGCACAGGCAGCCUGAGCCAUUGCGGGGUUAGGGUCCCAGCUGGCAUGAGCAGAUGUUCAGGGCUCACGAUGAGGGUGAGUAUUCAGGUGGUAAGUCAGUUUACAGAGACACAUAAGGGCGCUCCGUGAAGAGACAAAGGGCUUUAGGAGCGUACUAGAUUAUGAAGGGAUUAUGCUUGUGAGGUUGGGUUUCCGCCUCUCUUUCCUCCACCCUCCUCUUUGCCUCCUCCGUCCCCUCCCCUCUACUUUUCAGGUUUUGGCUCUUUGGUGGGCAAGUCAAGGCAAAUCCGUGAACAGUCACUUAGCCUUUCCUGGGAAAAUUAGAAGGAACACUGUUGGUAGAUAAAGGAUAAGGCAUGGCGUUGAGUGUUUGUUUAGACAGAAUCUGGUCCAGCACUGUCAGCAGCUGAGUGAUGGGACAGCCGUGUUCUAGUGGAAUAGGUACUUGGUUUAUUUUCUUUUUUAAGUUUAUUGUGCUUUAGGUGAAAGUUUACAACUCAAAUUAGUUUCUCAUUUAAAAAUUUAUACACAUAUUGUUUUGUGACUUUGGUUGCAAUCCCUGCAAUGUGACAGCAUUCUCCCCCUUUCCACCCCGAGUUUCCCAUGCCCAAUCAUCCAGUUUUCCUGUCCCUUCCUGCCUUCUCAUCUUGCUUUUGGGCAGGGGUUGCCUGUUUGGUCUCGUAUAUUUGAAUCAAGAAGCAUGUUUUUUAUGUGUUUUUUGUUUUAUAAACAUGUAUGAUCCUUGUCUGAAAAGUGGGCUUCAGGAGUGGCUUCAGUUCUGAGUUAGAAGGGUGUCUGGGGGCCAUAGGCUCGGGGGUUGUUCUGGUCUCUGUCAGAUCAGUAAAUCUGGCCUUUUUUGUGAAUUCGAAUUUUGUUCUACAUUUUUCUCCUACUCUGACUGCAAUCAUCUGUUGUGAUCCCUCUCAGAGCAGUUGACGGUGACAGCCGGGCACCAUCUAGUUCCUCUGGGCUCAGGCUGUGAUUUAUAUGGUCUUUUAGUCCUUUGGGAGUCCUGGUAAUGCAUUAAGAGCUCGGCUGCUAACGAAAAUGUUUACAGUUUGAAUCCACCAGCCUCUUCUUGGAAACAUUAUGGGGCAGUUCUGCUCUGCCCUGAAGGGUUGCUAUGGUUCAGAAUCAGUGUGACGGCAGGCUAAUAUUUUCCUUGUAUCUUUGGUUUUCUUCAUUCUCCUUUGCUCCGGAUAGGAUGGGACCAGUGGAUGUAUCUUAGGUACUUGGAAUCAUGGAUUUUGACCUCAAAUCUGCCACCAGAUUUUUGACCUUCUGAGCCCCAGCGUCUUCAUCUAUUAAUCCAGGAGGUGGUUUUAAAAGGCCUUCCUGUUCUAGAGCUCUGGGAAUUACAAGAUGCCUGUUGAUUUGGAGUCCCUGGGUGAUGCAAACGAUUAAUGCACUUGGCUACUAGGUGAAAGUUUGGAGGUUCGAGUCCUCCAACAGGCACCUUGGAAGAAAGGCCUGGCAAUCUACUUCCAAAAACUCAGCCACUGAAAACCCUAUGGAGCACAGUUCUACUCUGACACACAUGGGAUUGUCAUGAGUUGGAACUGACUGAAUGGCAGCUGGGGUGUUGAGUUUUCUUAAGCCCUCUGGCUCUUGGGGAUCUAAACUCCAUUUGAAAUAGGGUUGAUCUCGAGAAGCAAACUCAGCUAUCUCUUGCUGCCAAGAGCACCCCCAACCCCUGCUUUGUUUCAUGCCUGGGUUUGAAGUAUUUUCAUCAUCCACUUAGUAUUUAUUCAUGAUGAAUGUGAACUUGAGGGCCCACACUUAGAACUGACCAAGAGACACGUGUGGAGAUGCAGGCACGGUCCCUUUCUGGGUCUUCUGUGGAACAGUAUUAGUUUGUGGCUUGGUUCCUUCUGCCUCAUAGCCCCUCAGCAAAGGUAUGAACCCAAUGCAUUCAUUUUUAUGGUAAAUCAGAAUUUCCUGUUACUUUUUACAUUACCAUAAUUAGCUACUUAUGGGACUAAAAGCUUAAAAAAAAAAAGUUUACACUCCCAGAGCACAUAUUACUCCGCUGUCCCUUCUGUGACAGACUCGUAGCCGCAUUCUCUUCGUUUGAGGAAAAUAAGUCUUGUUUCUCGUGCAUAAGAUUGUUGAGCUGCUGCGUCCAAUGUCGCUGUCAUCAUGCUCUCUGGAUUACUGUGGUGGUGGUGGUUGUGUUCCUUCCAGUCAUUUCUGACCCACAGCCACGGUAUGGGACAGAGUAGAACUGCCCCAUAGGGUUUCCUAGGCUGUAAUCUUUAGGGAAGCAGACUGCUGCUGCUUUCUCCCACAGAGCGGUUAGCAGGUUCGAACCACCGACCUUUUGGUUGGCAGGAAAGUGCUUCACUACUGCGUCACCAGGGCUCCUUCUUGAUUACUACCAUUAUUUAAUGAUUGUUUAUGGAAAUGCCUGCGGCACUUUUGUUUUAAGAUCCUGACUUAAGAACAGAUCUGUCUGUCCCGGAAAUGUUCGGCUGGAGAGCAGGGGUGGUGGUUUGGACCUUCCAAACGAUUUUCACUUGGGAAUUGAUACCCCAGCGUCCUGGCAGCUGCCCCAAGCUGUCACUUGGCCCAGGGGCAGUGGGGAGCUUCCUGCGGGCUCCUAGCAUCCUGGCUUUGAAAGGGCAAGGUAAUUGGAGAGCCCACGGUGGAGCUGUGGGCCCCGUGGACUGGCUCAGCACAAUGCCGAGUGAGAGGCUGCUUGUUUUCCAGACGGGAAGCCGAGGAGAGCAUGAGGGUUCUGGCUGUUCCUGAGACCAAUCCUUGCUGGGAUGUCAACACAGGUGAGGGCAGCGAGUUUGCUGACAGUGGGAUUGAAGGAGCCACCACCGACACGGACCUGCUCUCCAGACGCUCAAAUGCCACCAAUUCCAGCUACUCGCCCCCUGCCGGCCGGGCCUUCGUGGGCAGCGACAGUGGCAGCAGCUCCACCGGAGAUGCGACCCGCCAGGGGGUGUACGAGAACUUCAGGCGAGAGCUGCAGAUGAGCACCACCAACAGCGAGAGCCUGGAGGAGGCCGGCUCUGUGCACAGCGAUGAGCAGAGCAGCGGCACUCUGAGCUCGCCUGGCCAGUCGGACAUCCUGCUCACGGCCGCGCAGGGCACGGUGCGCAAGGCCGGUGCCCUGGCCGUCAAGAACUUCCUGGUGCACAAGAAGAACAAGAAGGUGGAGUCGGCCACCCGGAGGAAGUGGAAGCACUACUGGGUGUCCCUGAAGGGCACCAAAUACUCACGCAGAACCCACUGUGUUUCCUCAGGGUGCACACUCUUCUUCUACGAGAGUGACGGCAGAUCUGGAAUAGACCACAACAGCGUCCCCAAACACGCCGUCUGGGUGGAGAACAGCAUUGUGCAGGCCGUCCCUGAGCACCCCAAGAAGGACUUUGUCUUCUGCCUCAGCAAUUCCCUGGGCGAUGCCUUCCUCUUUCAGACCACCAGCCAGACAGAGCUGGAAAACUGGAUCACGGCGAUCCACUCUGCUUGUGCAGCUGCUGUUGCCAGACACCACCACAAAGAAGACACACUCCGGCUCCUGAAGUCCGAGAUCAAAAAACUAGAGCAAAAGAUCGACAUGGAUGAAAAGAUGAAAAAAAUGGGAGAGAUGCAGCUGUCUUCGGUCACUGAUUCGAAGAAGAAGAAAACCAUAUUAGAUCAGAUCUUUGUUUGGGAGCAAAAUCUCGAACAAUUCCAAAUGGACUUAUUUCGGUACCGCUGUUACUUAGCAAGCCUCCAAGGUGGGGAGCUGCCAAACCCCAAGAGGCUACUUGCUUUUGCAAGUCGACCGACGAAAGUGGCCAUGGGCCGCCUUGGGAUCUUUUCCGUAUCAUCUUUUCACGCCCUGGUGGCAGCACGGACAGGUGAGACUGGAGUCAGGAGACGUACUCAGGCCAUGUCCAGAUCUGCAAGCAAGCGAAGGAGCAGGUUUUCUUCUCUUUGGGGUCUGGACACUACCUCCAAAAAGAAGCAGGGACGCCCAAGCAUUAAUCAGGUGUUCGGGGAAGGAGCUGACUCCGUGAAGAAAUCUUUAGAGGGAAUUUUUGAUGACACCGUUCCAGAUGGCAAGAGGGAGAAAGAAGUGGUCGUACCUAGCGUCCACCAGCACAACCCUGACUGUGACAUUUGGGUCCACGAGUACUUCACACCCUCCUGGUUCUGUCUGCCGAAUAAUCAGCCUGCUCUGACAGUCGUCCGGCCGGGGGACACUGCACGCGACACACUGGAGCUCAUCUGCAGGACACAUCAACUGGAUCAUUCUGCUCAUUACCUGCGCCUGAAAUUUCUAAUAGAAAACAAAAUGCAUCAGUACGUUCCAAAGCCCGAGGAGGACAUUUAUGAGCUGCUAUACAAAGAAAUUGAAAUUUGUCCAAAAGUCACACAGAACAUCCAGAUUGAGAAGUCAGAUACAGUGGCUGAUAAUUAUGGGUUUUCACUUUCUUCUGUGGAAGAAGAUGGUGUCCGAAGGCUCUACGUGAACAGUGUGAAGGAAACUGGUUUAGCUUCGAAGAAUGGCCUGAAAGCGGGAGAUGAGAUUCUCGAGAUCAAUAAUUGUGCUGCUGGCACCCUGACCUCAUCUAUGCUCAAAGAUUUCCUCACGCAGCCGUCGCUGGGCCUCCUGGUGAGGACCUGCCCCGAGCUGGACGGGGGAACGGAGCUGCUGGAGAGCCCACCCCACCGCGUAGACGGCCCUCAGGACCUCAGCGAGAACCCCCUGGCCUUCCUCACUAGCAACCCAGGUCACAGCCUUUGCAGCGAGCUGGGCAGAAGUGCUGAGACUGCGCCUGAGGAGACGGAAGGGCCAGACCCAGAGUCCUCCGAUGAGACUGACCACAGCAGCAAGAGCACAGAACAGGUGGCCGCAUUUUGCCGCAGCCUGCAUGAGAUGAGCACCCCUGACCAGAGCCCGUCUCCCCAGGACUCCAGUGGGCCUCAGCUGGCAACCAUGAGACAGCUCACGGACGCGGAUAAGCUUCGCAAGGUGAUCUGUGAGCUCCUGGAGACAGAGCGCACCUACGUGAAGGACUUAAACUGUCUCAUGGAGAGAUACCUGAAACCUCUUCAAAAAGAAACUUUUCUCACCCAAGAUGAGCUUGAUGUGCUCUUUGGAAAUUUAACUGAAAUGGUAGAGUUUCAAGUGGAGUUUCUGAAAACUCUAGAAGAUGGGGUGAGACUGGUGCCGGACUUGGAAAAGCUUGAGAAAGUCGAUCAAUUUAAGAAAGUGCUGUUCUCUCUGGGGGGAUCUUUUCUGUAUUACGCUGACCGCUUCAAGCUCUACAGUGCCUUCUGCGCCAGCCACACAAAAGUCCCCAAGGUUCUGGUGAAAGCCAGAACAGACUCGGCUUUCAAGGCAUUCCUGGAUGCCCAGAACCCGAAGCAACAGCACUCGUCCACGCUGGAGUCUUACCUCAUCAAGCCCAUCCAGAGGAUCCUCAAGUACCCGCUCCUGCUGAAGGAGCUGUUUGCCCUGACUGACGCUGAGAGUGAGGAGCACUACCACCUGGACGUGGCCAUCAAGACUAUGAACAAAGUUGCAAGUCAUAUCAAUGAAAUGCAGAAAAUCCACGAAGAAUUUGGUGCUGUGUUCGACCAGCUGAUUGCCGAACAGACGGGUGAGAAAAAAGAGGUUGCGGAUCUGAGUAUGGGGGACCUGCUUCUGCACACCACUGUGAUCUGGCUGAACCCACCAGCCUCGCUGGGAAAGUGGAAAAAGGAGCCGGAGUUGGCAGCAUUCGUCUUUAAAACUGCUGUGGUCCUUGUGUAUAAAGAUGGCUCCAAGCAGAAGAAGAAACUUGUAGGAUCUCACAGGCUUUCGAUUUAUGAAGACUGGGACCCCUUUCGAUUUCGGCACAUGAUCCCUACCGAGGCCCUGCAGGUCCGGGCUUUGGCAAGCGCAGAUGCAGAAGCAAAUGCCGUGUGUGAAAUCGUCCAUGUAAAAUCGGAGUCUGAGGGGAGGCCAGAGAGGGUCUUCCACCUGUGCUGCAGCUCCCCUGAGAGCCGGAAGGAUUUCCUGAAGGCUGUGCACUCGAUCUUGCGUGAUAAGCACAGAAGACAGCUCCUCAAAACCGAAAGCCUUCCCUCGUCCCAGCAGUAUGUCCCUUUUGGAGGAAAGAGAUUGUGUGCACUGAAAGGGGCCAGGCCGGCCAUGAGCAGGGCAGUGUCUGCCCCAAGCAAGUCCCUUGGGAGGAGGAGGCGGCGACUGGCUCGGAACAGGUUUACCAUUGAUGCCGACGCUGUCUCUGCCAGCAGCCCGGAGAGAGAGCCCCAGCAGCCACCCGGUGGCGGGGACACUGACCGCUGGGUUGAGGAACAGUUCGAUCUUGCUCAGUACGAGGAGCAGGAUGACAUCAAGGAGACAGACAUCCUCAGUGAUGAUGAUGAAUUCUGUGAGUCAGCGAAGGGCACCUCGGUGGACAGGGACCUGCGGGAGCAGCUUCAGGCCACCUCCAUCAGUCAGCGGGAAGGGGGCCGGGAGGCCCUGGACAGUCACGCGUCCCGGAUGACACAGCUCAAGAAGCAAGCUGCGCUGUCUGGCAUCAACGGGGGCCUAGCGAGCACAGGCGAGGAGGUCAUUUGGGUUAGGCGUGAAGACUUCACCCCGGCCAGGAAACUCAACACUGAGAUAUGAGUGUGCGUGUCCCUGAGAGUGUAGAUACUUGUCCCGCCCACCCGCCACCCGCCGCCCGCCCUCCUGUGCCCGCGGGCGGACCGCCCCAGGGCACUCUUGCUCAUGGUUCGGGCAGCUGACUCUGUUCUGAAGCCACGUAGCCACCGACUUUGUCGUUUCUGACAACAGCAUCAGAAAGAAUUGUUCCGAAUUUCGAAUAAGCUUGAGUCCUGUCUUCUGUAUAUUGCCAAGGGCUUUUAUUUAUUCUCCACGAAUCAGGGCCUGAAGAAUUAAAAGGAAAAAAAAAAUCCUAUAGCACUGGAAAGCAAAUUCCCCCCCCGCCCCCAGGA